CUUUGCAGGUACUGAAAGGAUCAGAACAGUCACUGUCCUUGAGAACUCUACUUAUAGAGCCAGAUUUGAUCCUGCAACCUGCAGGCUUCACAAUAGCUGAAACGUUUGCCUGAUAGUUUUGAAAAAUGGAAGCUACAGGCUGGAGAACAGGACUAAUGAUUGUAUGUGUUACUUUAUUGGUCUUUUGUUCUCAGUUGGAUUCAAAGCCCAUCCAGAAUGAAGUAUUUCAGAGAUCCCCUCUUCUUAGACGUGUUUCCCGGAACACUCCUUUCUGGAGGAUGGUCAUUGGCAGUAAACCCAUUCAAGCCUACUGUCAGCACCACUACGAAUGCAUCACAAAAUCCUGCAGAGAUGGACAUUGCACACAUUCAAAAUUUGUGUCCUAAAAAAGUCUUCCUUGUAUUUCAUCCAUCAAGACAAACUGUAUUAAGCAAACUGAACAAGCUGCUGAUCCAGCAUGAAGCCUAUUUCUACGGGUCUUAUUUACUCUUCUUUAUGAGUUUGUUCUGUAUGUAAAAGCAUUGUUCACUCCUCCAUAUAUAUCUUUCAUUUUUAAAUUAUUUCUCUAUGGCUUUGUACCUCUCUUCUGUUUUGAUCUCCCUGUGAGAGACAAUUAGACUCAUGUGUAUUGCUGUUGUUAUUGUGAUGUAACCAAACUGCCUACUGAUACUACAUUGAUGUUAAACAUUGCUUGUUAUUUUGUUAUAAAAUGAAUGAAAAUUGAAAAAAAAUGUGUAACUACACAAGGUUUUAAUCCAUCGUUUACAGUACUUGAUAUCCAAGUUAUCUGUGCGUAUUAUGAAUGGGCCUCUGGUCAAUGCCAUUGGUUAGAGUCCUCUCCUUUUACUCUAAGUUGCUGUCCCAAUCCAGCCCAAAUUGAUGGAAUGGGAGUUUCCUGUCUCAGUUGGUUGUAAGGACCUAACCUGAAAUAUGUUUGCCACUCUCCUUAUGUUUCCUGGUGUGACCUGGCUUUUAAAACAAAUCUCCACAAUCAGGAGACCAAUCAGCCUAUCCUAGCUCUUCUAUCCAGAAUAAAAUAA